AUUGAAAUCGAAAUCAAGUGGAAGAUAUUUCUCGAACCAACUGGAAGACGUCUUCAUACCUCCUCCGAAACAUGCUUGCAGAAUGUACUCGAAUUCAAUGGAGCACUCUGGAAAUCCGAGUUUCUCCUUUAAUAUAUCUCCUCAGACCUCUGUGCCUUCCCAUCCUUACGCAUACAACAUCUCGACCAGCAAAAUUUUCGUCAAUUUCUCCCAAAGCUCUCUUUCAAGUUUCACUUUUGGUUUCAAAGAGUUGUUUUCGAACUUUGUCUUUUGGUUUUCGCAAUUUGUUUUGACUAUCGAGGGAAAAGGCAGUUAUGGCCGGAAAAGGUGAAGGUCCAGCGAUCGGAAUCGACCUGGGGACGACGUACUCUUGCGUCGGAGUGUGGCAGCACGACCGCGUGGAGAUUAUAGCCAAUGAUCAGGGAAACAGAACGACUCCGUCCUACGUCGCGUUUACGGACACUGAACGUCUUAUUGGGGACGCUGCAAAGAAUCAAGUCGCGAUGAACCCUAUUAACACAGUGUUUGAUGCAAAGCGAUUGAUUGGGAGGAGAUUCUCUGAUCCUUCGGUACAGAGUGACAUGAAGUUAUGGCCAUUCAAGGUGAUCCCAGGUUCGGGUGACAAGCCAAUGAUAGUUGUCACAUACAAGGGCGAGGAAAAACAGUUCUCAGCGGAGGAAAUCUCUUCAAUGGUUCUAACAAAGAUGAAGGAGAUUGCAGAGGCCUAUCUUGGAACCACAAUCAAGAAUGUCGUGGUCACUGUCCCUGCUUACUUCAAUGACUCCCAACGACAGGCCACUAAGGAUGCUGGAGUCAUCUCUGGACUCAAUGUCAUGCGUAUAAUUAAUGAACCUACCGCAGCUGCAAUUGCAUAUGGGUUGGACAAGAAAGCAAGCAGCUCUGGAGAGAAGAACGUGCUCAUCUUUGACCUCGGUGGUGGCACUUUUGAUGUUUCUCUUCUUACGAUAGAAGAGGGAAUCUUCGAGGUUAAAGCCACUGCAGGUGACACUCAUUUGGGAGGUGAAGAUUUUGAUAACAGAAUGGUGAACCACUUUGUUCAGGAAUUCAAGAGGAAGCACAAGAAGGAUCUCAGUGGGAACCCUAGGGCAUUGAGGCGGCUAAGGACAUCCUGUGAGAGGGCAAAGAGGACUUUGUCAUCCACUGCUCAGACCACCAUUGAAAUUGAUUCAUUGUUUGAGGGGAUUGAUUUUUACACAACCAUUACGAGGGCGAGGUUUGAGGAGCUGAACAUGGACCUAUUUAGGAAGUGUAUGGAGCCGGUGGAGAAGUGUUUGAGAGAUGCCAAGAUGGAUAAGAGCAGCGUCCAUGAUGUUGUCCUUGUGGGUGGAUCCACUAGGAUCCCCAAGGUUCAGCAAUUGCUGCAAGAUUUCUUCAAUGGCAAAGAGCUUUGCAAGAGCAUCAAUCCGGAUGAAGCUGUUGCCUAUGGUGCUGCUGUCCAGGCUGCCAUUCUGACUGGAGAAGGAAACCAGAAAGUUCAAGACCUGUUGCUGCUGGAUGUCACUCCCCUCUCCCUUGGCCUGGAGACUGCUGGUGGGGUUAUGACCGUUUUGAUCCCAAGGAACACAACCAUCCCCACCAAGAAAGAGCAAGUCUUCUCCACUUACUCAGACAACCAGCCGGGUGUGCUGAUCCAAGUCUAUGAAGGAGAGAGGGCCAGGACCAAGGAUAACAACCUGUUGGGCAAAUUUGAGCUAUCAGGCAUUCCCCCAGCCCCCAGGGGUGUCCCGCAGAUAACAGUCUGCUUUGACAUUGACGCCAAUGGUAUCCUCAACGUUUCAGCUGAAGAUAAAACAACUGGCCAGAAGAACAAAAUCACCAUCACCAAUGAUAAAGGAAGACUGUCCAAGGAGGAGAUUGAGAGAAUGGUGCAAGAGGCAGAGAAGUACAAGUCUGAAGAUGAGGACCACAAGAAGAAGGUGGAUGCUAAGAAUGCCUUGGAGAACUAUGCGUACAACAUGAGGAACACAAUGAAGGAUGAGAAGAUAGGUGCCAAGCUCCCACCUGCUGAGAAGAAGAAGAUUGAGGAUGCAAUUGAGGAAGCCAUCCGGUGGCUUGACAGCAACCAACUGGCAGAGGCAGAGGAGUUUGAAGACAAGAUGAAGGAGUUGGAGGCAUUGUGCAAUCCGAUCAUAGCUAAGAUGUACCAGGGUGGUGGAGCUCCAAUGGAUGAUGAUGACGCUCCUCCUGCCAGUGGUGCCGGACCCAAGAUUGAAGAGGUCGAUUAAAUCAGGGAAUCGCAGUUUGAUUCCAUUAUGAUGUUGUUAUGUUAAUGGUGCUGGAGUCGUCUCUUUUCUAUGUAAUGGGCUCUGAAUUCAUGUAGCUUUUGAUGCUUUUGUUUCUAAAUAUUACUUCACACAUCUUUUGUGUUCAUUCUCUUCUAGUAAUUAAUAUUAGUUUAUUACAACUUUUAUUAGCAUCAAAGACAUGGAUUGCCACACUUUCCAAUGGACAGGAUUGCCACACCUUCAUUCCCUAUUUAUUGCUUACUAACAUA